AGACUCUGAACAUGUUGUACGACGUUGGCACGUUGGUUUCUCGAAACGUCUGAUUGUCAUUGUUUUCCCCCUUGAUGGGGUUCUCCGCAUUGCCUCGGCAUUAAAGUGAAAAUGGUCGGAUUAAUCUGAUGUUGGGAUUGGCCUUUCAUAGUUUGGCACUCUCAGGGUCGCCAAGUCCCUCAGGUCGUCCCACGGUAAUGUUGCUCUCUUGCAAGAGUCUUCAGCAUGGCUCAGACAAAGACUGUGGGCGCUGAAGCGGUGCCAACCGGCAGCCACCACAAUGAUAACAACCCUGGUGAGGCCAUCACGGCCAUGCAGAAUGAGCGUCAGAUGAGCGUGAGAGAUUCGUUUCGCUUCUGGCCGAAAGCGAUUCUCUUCUCGUUCAUCAUUUCCCUGGCCAUCAUCAUGGAGGGCUAUGAUACCAACCUCAUGAGCAACUUCUAUGCCUUUCCGGCUUUCAUGAAGCGGUACGGUGACCAAGCCGAUGCCAAUGGUGAUCCUCUAGUCUCGGCUCGCUGGCAAACCAUUAUCAACAACGGCACUCAGGCUGGCUCAAUUCUUGGCCUCAUCCUCAACGGCAUCAUCACUGAGUGGAUCGGCUACAAGAAAACCAUGGUCGUCGCCAUGGUUGCCAUGAUCGGGGCCGUCUUCAUCCCCUUCUUCUCUAACGGUCUUCCCAUGUUCUUGGCCGGAGCCUUGAUUCAGGGAAUCCCGUGGGGCAUAUUCCAGACUCUUGCCGUCACCUACGCGGCCGAUAUCUGUCCCAUGUCCCUCAGAGGUGAGUUGACUUUCGAUCAUAGUGUGCAAUGUUCCAUCACUGAUCCGACUUGCAGGAUACAUGACAUCCUGGGUAAACAUGUGCUGGGUCAUUGGCCACUGACCUCGCCAAAGAGUGACAUCGACUUUGACCUCGACGCCCACAUCGAGAUGAUGCGCGUGACGAACCAAUUCGAGAUCGAAGUCAGCUCAGGCUCUCACUACUGGGACUGCUUCCGUGGCGUCGACCUCCGCCGCACCGAGAUCGCGUGCAUGGUCUGGCUGACGCAAUCCUUCUGCGGUGUGCCGUUCAUGGGCUAUGGCACACAGUUCAUGAUCAAUGCAGGCCUCAGCUCCGAGAACGGAUUCACGAUGAGUUUGGUACAGAACUGCAUUGGUCUUAUCGGCUGUAUCAUUGCUUGGUACAUCAUGACUCAUAUCGGCCGUCGCACUCUGUACUUGGCUGGUUUGUCGGCCAUGUUUGUAAUUCUCGUCAUCAUCGGUGGCAUCGGUAUCCCUCAGGACGCGGCUGGGUUGCCAGCACGGUCAUGGGCCGUGGGAGCCCUCAUCAUCGUGAUGCUCUUCUCCUUCCAGCUCAGCGUCGGUCCCUCGUGCUACACCCUGGUCGCGGAGAUGCCGUCUACCAGACUCCGCGUCAAGACAGUCGCCCUGUCUCGCGCCUUUUACAACUGCGGAGGCUUUAUCGUCAACGCGCUGCAGCCAAAAAUUGUGGGCAAGAACGAUUGGAACUGGGGAGCGAGAGGCGGCUUCUUCUGGGCUGGCAUCACUGUGCUUUUCCUUACCUGGACUUUCUUCCGUCUUCCGGAGCCCUUUGGUCUUACGUACUCUGAGAUUGACCUGCUCUUUGAGCAUCGCGUUGGCGCUCGCCACUUCUCGCAAGAGGCGGCUGACUCUUUACGCCCGCAGCUGGAAGAGGUCGCCAACCGUCAUGAGAAGUUAGCUGCUACAGUGAGUCAUCAGGAGGCAUAGUCUGACGAAAACUCGAUCGAGAGACAUCGGGAGUACCACAUACUCGUAGAGAGCAAAACCAUGAUGUGGUUCGUUAAUCGACAAUGCUCGGGUCUAUUUGCCCGUACUUAACAAACUGGAUCUCUCAUUACAAGUCCCUUACGUGAAUGAUAGUA